AUGCCUCUUCUGGCCAGCAUCGUGGGCCUGGCAGGCCUUCUCCUCUGGACAGGCCACACAGUGGGGGCCUUAAGGAUGCCCAACACCACACUGGUCCUGGGCCGAACCAAGAACAUAGCUGUGUGGCCCCUGUCUGGCUAUGGGGUGCCCCGGUACCGCCGGAAACGCCAUAUCUCUGCCAGGGACAUGAGCGUCUUGCUGGAUUAUCACAACCACAUCCGGGCCAGUGUACACCCGCCUGCUGCCAACAUGGAGUAUAUGGUUUGGGAUGAGCAGCUGGCCAGGUCUGCUGAAGCCUGGGCCACCCAGUGCAUCUGGGCCCAUGGGCCCUCACAGCUGAUGAAAUAUGUGGGCCAGAACCUCUCGAUCCAUUCCGGCCGGUACCGUUCUGUGGUAGAUCUCGUGAAGUCUUGGUCUGAGGAAAAGCGGUAUUACUCAUUCCCAGCUCCGAAGGACUGUGCCCCACACUGCCCUCAGCUCUGCAGGGGUCCUGUUUGCUCCCACUAUACCCAGAUGGUGUGGGCAUCCUCCAGCCGGCUGGGCUGCGCCCUUCACACCUGCAGCAGCAUCCAUGUAUGGGGCAGCACCUGGCAUCAGGCUGUGUACCUGGUCUGCAACUACGCCAUUAAGGGCAACUGGAUUGGGGAGGCGCCCUACAAGACUGGGAAGCCAUGUUCUGCCUGUCCCUCCAGUUACCAAGGCCACUGCAACAGCAACAUGUGCUUCUCUGGACUCAAAUCCAACAGGCUCCCAUGGAUCUAA